AUGAGGUCAGAUUCGAAAGAGCCAAACGGGAUAAUGGCCGCGGGCGGCUUCAGCGAAAAGCCGCCCAUAAGUGAAGAGGAAAAGGCUCGACGCGACGCCAAAAUCCGUCCGGAGAGGGAGGCCGCUUUUGGAGAUUAUAUCAGAGUCUUUAAAUAUGCCAAGGCGUGGGACUUCGUUCUCAUGGUGGCCGCGGUCGUGGCAGCCGCAGGCUCGGGUGUCACUCUUCCAUUGAUGAAUGUUGUAUUCGGUGCAUUGGUCGGCAACUUCAAUGGCUACUUUCUUCCCAAUUCUACACAGAGCGAAGCCGAGUUUCGGGCUACUCUUAAUAAGAAUGCAUUAUAUAUCUUCUACCUGUUUAUCGGGAGAUUCGUCCUGACUUACAUCAACAAGUUUUGUUACCGUUUGAUUGGUAUUCGGAUGUCCGCUGCCAUCAGGCUCGACUACCUCCGCUGUCUGUUCGGCCAAACGAUCCAUGUUCUGGACUCAAUGCCCCCUGGUGCGGCCGCAGGGACGAUUACGACGACGGCGAACACGUUACAGUUAGGUAUUUCAGAGAAGCUCGGUACCUUCAUCGAGUUUCUGGUGAUGAUAAUUGCCGCCACCGUUAUCGCCUUCGUGUACAAUUGGGCUCUAGCUCUAGUUACGUGCUCCGUCCUCCUCUUCAUCAUGCUUACCGUGGGCACCAUAAUCCCCUUUUACGUCAAAGGAACGAGCAGAGUCACCAAGGCCGAGACGAAGUCGUCUUCAAUAGCCAGCGAAGCUUUCUCGGCCAUCCGUAUGGUCGUUGCGUGCGGUGCCGAGUCUCAGAUUGCUAAGAAAUUCGCCGUCUGGGCCGAGGCGGCGAAGAAACAUGGACAGAAGACGACACCCCUUCUAGCCGCGCAGUUUUCUCUGGUUUUCUUCGCGUUCAAUUCUGCCUUUGGUCUUGCGUUUUGGUACGGGUCUAAAUCGUAUAUCGAGGGUAGGCUCGACAGCGUGGGUACCAUCAUCGUCGUGCUUAUGUCGGUCAUGAUGAUGGUUAUUUCCAUCGAACGUAUCUCGACGCCACUCAUUGCGAUCGGCAAGGCCACGGUAGCCGCUUGCGAGUUCUUCACGGUUAUCGAUGCCCCUCGACCGAAUACCGGCACGCUUACCGAACCGGACGUCUCUGCAACUAACGAUAUUAUAUUUAAGGGAGUAGACUUCGCGUACCCAAGUCGACCACACGUUCGAGUUUUGGACCAACUCAACCUCCGGAUCGAAACGGGGAAAAUCACGGCUAUUGUUGGACCAUCGGGGUCUGGUAAGAGUACGAUUGUCGGCCUAAUUGAACGAUGGUACACUCUGCGUGAUCAAUAUGUCAUCGCCAAGGCCAUUGAGAAGGACCAGAAAAAGAAGCAAGAGGCGAAGAAGAAAGGUAAAGCUAAAGGCAAGAAGAGCGACGACUCCGAUGACGAAGCACCCGCAGAAGUUGAAUCCGGACCAAUCGUGAAGUUGAGGGGAUCGAUAUCGACCUCCGGUCAUGAACUAGACGAGAUCAACUUGAAAUGGUGGCGGUCUCAGAUUGGACUUGUGCAACAGGAACCUUUUCUGUUCAAUGACACUAUUUACAAUAACGUGGCACAUGGGUUGAUAGGGUCGGAAUUCGAGCAUGAGUCGGAAGAGCGGAAGAAAGAGUUGGUGAGAGAGGCUUGCAAGGAGGCAUUUGCGGACGAAUUUAUCGAUCGACUUCCAGACCGUUACGAAACCCUCGUUGGCGAAAAUGGUACGAAGCUCUCUGGUGGACAGCGUCAACGGAUCUGUAUUGCUCGGGCGGUUAUCAAGAGACCGAAGAUUCUCAUUCUCGACGAGGCUACAUCCGCGAUCGAUGUCCGAGGCGAACGUAUUGUUCAGGCGGCGCUCGACAAGGUGUCGAAAAACCGGACGACGAUUACUAUCGCCCACCGACUCUCAACAAUCAAGAAGGCAGACACUAUUGUGGUCCUACAGAGAGGCAAAGUCGUCGAGAAAGGAACCCAUGAAUCCCUCUUGGAAGACGACAUGGGUGUCUAUUACGGCCUCGUCCACGCUCAACAGCUUUCACUCGGUGAACCUACGGAAGCUGGUGAUUCUGAUGUUCCGGAAGAAGAGGAUAUGGCGGCGAUCCUCAGUCGUGAGAAGAGUGUUGCGUACUCUGAUGCCGUGGCCAACGUGCCGAAAGCACCCGGAUAUAAGAAAAAGGGGCUCUUCGGAAGCUUUGGGCGGUUGCUCUACGAGCAGCGAUCUCGCUUCCCGUUCUACGCGGUUACGGUAUUGGCUGCUAUGUGUACUGCCGCCUCGAAUCCGAUGCAAGCGUACCUCUUCGGAAAGAUCAUUGUUGUAUUCUCCUAUGUCGACGACAUACCCAGGUUCAUAUCCGAAGCUAACUUCUGGUCCUUGAUGUGGGUGGUACUCGCCGUAGCUACAGGCGUCGCCUAUUUCGUCCUUGGGUUCGUAGCGAGCAACCUUGCCUUUCAUAUCUCCAAUGUAUACCGGCAGCAAUAUUUCGAGGGUAUUAUCUACCAGAAAACUUCUUUCUUCGACGAGGAGCAGAACUCGACGGGUUCGCUGACGGCGCGCGUUGGGGGCGAUCCGAAACAAUUGGAGGAACUCCUCGGCAUAAAUAUGGCUAUGGUGUAUAAUUCGUUCUUCACUCUCAUUGGUACUCUGGCUAUAGCAUUUGCUUUUGGCUGGAAGCUCGCCCUCGUCGCGACAUGUGUCACGAUGCCCAUCGGACUUGUCGCAGGAUAUCUUCGUUUCAAGUACGAAUUAGAGUUCGAGCAGAUGUACGCGGAGGUUUUCGCCGAGUCGUCGAAGUUUGCCGCCGAAGCCAUCGCCGCCUUCCGCACCGUUUCUUCGCUCACCCUCGAGGACACCAUUUGUACCCGUUACGAUGGCUUGCUUAAUCAUCAUGUAUCUGAUGCUUAUAAGAAGGCGAUCUGGAGAACGCUGGUCUUUGCUUUCUCGGAUAGCGUCAGUAUGGCCUGCCAGGCUCUUAUCCUCUGGUAUGGAGGAACCCUACUGGCUUCGCGAGAGUAUGGUGUCUUGCAGUUCUUCGUUUGUUACAUGGCUGUAAUCAACGGAGCCGAAGCCGCGGGCCAAGGCUUCAGUUUUGGCCCUAACGCCGCGCAAGCCUCCGCGGCCGCCAACCGCAUCCUCAGCAUCCGCGAGUCGCGCAACCGGGACCUGAGCGACAAGACGACCAACAUCCCCAACACGCGUGGCGGCAUCAAGAUCGAGCUCCGGGAUGUGCACUUCAAGUACCCGUCGCGAAACGUGUCCAUCUUCAAGGGCCUAAACAUCACCAUCGAGAAAGGCCAGUUCGCCGCCCUCGUCGGCGCUUCGGGCUGUGGCAAGACGAGCAUUAUAAGCCUGCUGGAGAGGUUUUAUGAUAUUAACCGCGGCCAGAUCUUGGCUAACGGUACUGAUAUUGCGAGCGUCAAUGUUUACGAUUACCGAAGACAUUUGUCGCUGGUGGCGCAGGAACCGACCCUGUUCCAGGGCACGCUGCGCGAUAACGUCUUGUUAGGCGUGGACCCGGCUACCGUUACGGAUGCUGAAUUGCACGCCGUCUGCCGCGACGCGAGUAUCCACGACUUCAUCGUUUCGCUGCCCGACGGGUAUAACACCGAGAUCGGCAGCCGUGGCGUUUCGCUCUCCGGCGGCCAGAAGCAACGUAUUGCCAUCGCGCGCGCUCUUAUACGGCGCCCCAACGUCUUACUACUUGACGAAGCAACCAGCAGUCUCGAUUCCGAGAGCGAGAAGCUGGUCCAGGGCGCGUUCGAGCGGGCGGCUGCGGGACGUACGAUGGUAGUUGUCGCGCAUAGGCUGGCUACGGUGCAGAACGCUGAUGUUAUCUUCGUGUUGGGCGAGGGCAAGGUGCUGGAGAAGGGAAGUCAUGCUGAACUGUUGAAGAAGAAGGGCGUUUAUUGGCAUAUGUGCCAGAGCCAAGCCCUUGAUAGGUAA